AUGGUUGAUAAAGAUUCUAGUGAAUGGCUUAAAGCACAACAGCGAGGUGCACGAACGUCUCGCUGGAUUGUUAUUUUUGUUUGUAUUUUAGUGGUAGCUGGUAUUAUUGCUGGUGUUUCAUACAUAUUCCUUCAUAAAUCUGGAUCAAAUAAUUCAAACAAUGUCAAUUCUGCUGAUAUUGGCGGUGAUGGCAAUGGUAGUUCUACCAACAAAGGAAAUGCUUCGGUAAAUACACCAGUCAAGACAGACCAAAAAUUCUAUACAUGGGACAACAAAUUAGUCGAUCUUAACAUUAUCCCAGAUCCCAAACUCAAAAAAUCUUUUUACGGUAUAAACUAUGGACCCGUGAAUGCCACGUACCCAUGGUGCACGAAUACUUUGGGUGAUGUGAUUGAAGAUGUGAAGUUGUUGUCGCAGUUGACUAAUCGACUAAGACUUUAUGGAAUGGAUUGUGAUAUGUCAAAUUAUACAAUUAUGGCGAUUAAGAUUUUGGGUUUAAAAAUGACUGUUGUUCCUACCAUUUGGAUUGACAAUAAUAUGACCACUUAUCAACGACAAUACAACGAUUUAUUUAAUAAUCUAAAACAGCAUGGAUUUGAUUACAUCGAAGGUAUCUCGGUAGGAAAUGAAGUUAUAUUCCGUAAAGAAAUCACAACGUCAGAUUUAUACUCUCGCAUCGCUGACGUCCGUAAAAAAGUUCUCGCAAUGCCCGGUGCACCACAAAACAUGCCAGUCUUCACAUCAGAUCUCGGUUCAAACGUUGACCAAGCAUUCGUAACUGCGAACGACAUAAUGUUUGCAAACGUUCAUCCAUACUUCGGCGGUGUGCCUGUCGCCCAAGCUGCCGCUUGGACAUUCAAAUUCUUUGAAGAUUUUGAUGUCACCCCGGCAGCCAAACAAAAAAAACUUGCGGUCAUGUCUGAAGUCGGAUGGCCUACCGCAGGAGAGUCGCAUCAACAAUCAAUCGCGUCAAAUCCGAAUUUGAAUACAUUUUUACAGAAUUUCUUGUGUCCCGCGAAUAGUAAAGGAUAUCGAUAUUAUUAUUUCGAGUCGUUUGAUACGCCGUGGAAGACAGCAAUGUUCACUUUGUUGGAAGGUAGUUGGGGUUUGUUUUAUCCGGAUCGAAGUUUGAAACCAGGUGUUUCUAUUCCUGAUUGUCAACCCACUGCUCCUAGUCUUAGAACUUUUUAA